GCGAGUGGGAGGCGACAACCUGCACUGACAGCUCCACACAGCCUCCCUCAUAGUUGUUAGCUGUUUGUUGUGGUCGGAGGAAGACAUCAAGGAGCCGCUGGAAAAGAAAAAAAGGGGGAAAAAACAAUGGAAAAUGAGAGCAAGAGGAAGAUGAAGGAGAGAUUUGGCCUGAGGCGAGACAUCUUUAAGGAGUUCCUGGCGGAGUUUCUGGGGAUAUUUAUCCUGAUACUCUUUGGAUGUGGUUCAGUGGCCCAGACGGUGCUGAGUAAAGGGGCUCUGGGGGAGCCGCUGACCAUCCAUGUUGGCUUCACUCUGGGAGUCAUGAUGGCCGUCUACAUGGCUGGGGGAGUGUCAGGAGCCCAUGUGAACCCUGCAGUCUCUCUGGCCAUGGUGAUCCUGGGGAAGCUGCCUCUGAAGAAGUUCCCUGUGUAUGUGGUAGCACAGUUCCUGGGGGCUUUUGCUGGAUCCUGUGCUGUCUAUGGGUUGUAUUAUGAUGCUUUGAUGGACUACACUAACGGAGAAUUUGCAGUUACUGGUGCAAACGCCACAGCCAACAUAUUUGCAUCUUAUCCUGCAAAACAUCUCUCAGUCCUAAAUGGGUUCGUGGAUCAGGUAAUUGCAACUGGCGCACUGAUCCUGUGCAUCCUGGCCAUCACUGACAGGAAGAAUAUUGGUGCUCCCAAAGGGAUGGAGCCUCUGUGCAUCGGCCUCAUCAUCAUGGCCAUCGGAGUGUCCAUGGGUCUGAACUGUGGUUACCCGAUCAACCCGGCCCGAGACCUCGGCCCGCGCUUCUUCACGGCCGUAGCUGGGUGGGGCAUGGAAGUAUUCAGAGCUGGAGGCUGCUGGUGGUGGAUUCCUGUGGCAGGGCCCAUGGUGGGUGGAGCAGUCGGAGCUGGCAUUUACUUUCUCUUCAUUGAGCUGCACCAUCCAGAGCCUGAAAAACAGGAGGAGAACAACGUCCAGGACAAAUAUGAAAUUAUAACUAUGAGCUAAAACUGAGAACAAGGGCUGCAGAACAAAGUAACGGAGCAACAAAUAGACACAGAGCACAGUUUGAUAUGAACUACCAGUUAAAAGUUUCUACACACCUUCUCAUUUAUUGUUUUUUCUUUACUUUUAUGACUAUUUAUGUUGUAGAUUCUCACUGAAGGCAUCAAAACUAUGAAUGAACACAAAUGGAAUUAUGGAGUAAACAAAAAAGUGUGAAAGAAACCAAAACUUGUUUUAUAUUUUAGAUUCUUCAAAAUAGCCACCCUUUGCUUUGAUUACUGCUUUGCAUUCUCUCUAUGAGCUUCAUGAGGUUGUCACCUGAAAUGGUUCUCCAACAAUCUUGAAGGAGUUCCCAGAGAUACUGAGCACUUGUUGGCCCUUCUGCCUUCACUCUGCGGUCCAUCUCAUCCCAAACCAUCUUGAUUGGGGUUAGGUUAGAUGAUUGUGGAGGCCAGGUCAUCCGAUGCAGCACUCCAUCACUCUCCUUGCUAGCCCUUACACAGCCUGGAGGUGUGUUUGGGGUCAUUGUUCUGUUGAAAAGAUGGUCCAACUAAACGCAAAGUGGAUGAUGGUGGUGACUCGGAUGAACUUAUCCUCAGCAGCAGAGGUGACUCUUGGUCUUCCUUUCCUGGGCCGGUCCUCAUGUGAACCAGUUGUGUUGUAGCUCUUGUGACUGCACUUGGGGAUACAUUCAAAGUUUUUGCAAUUUUCCAGGCUGACUGACCUUCAGUUCUUAAAGUAAUGAUGGACUGUCCUUUCUCUUUACUUAGCUGAUUGGUUCUUUCCAUACUAUAGAUUCUAACAGUUGUCAAAUAGGUCUGUCAACUUUUUACCAACCUGACUUCUGCACAACACAACUGAUGGUCCCAACCCCGUUAAGAAAGCAAGAAAUUCCACAAACUACCCUUUAUAAGGUACACCUGUGAAGUGAAAACCAUUUCAGGUGACUACCUCAUGAAGCUCAUGGAGAGAAUGGCAAGAGUGUGCAAAGCAGUAAUCAAAGGGUGGCUACUUUGAGGAAUCUAAAAUACAAAACAUGUUUUGACUUUUUUUUUACUACAUAAUUCCAUAUGUGUUCAUUCAUAGUUUUAAUGCCUUCAGUGAGAAUCUACAAUGUAAAUGUUCAUGAAAACAAAGAAAAAUCAUUAAAUGAAAAGGUGUCAAAGUUUUGACUGGUAGUGUAUUCUUACAAUUAAAAAAAAAAGAAAAUCUACCAUUAAAUGGUUAAAUACAACACAUGUACCUGACAAAACAAUUUCAUACAGUCAUUUAUAUAAUGCAAUACUUAUAUGCAUGAAUGUUUUAUGAAGCCUUUUUGCUAAAAGUCUGGUCUAUUUAUAGGGUUCAUGUUUUAUAAGCCAGCGGCUCUUAAAUAUAUCAACAUACUAAAAUUGCUUAAAAAUAUAUUCUCUUUAGACCUCGGGCUUUUCAUAAUAUUCCUCUGAAUUGUAGCUAUGCAGUAAUCACCUAUCUACUAACUGGGAUCAACUUCUCUUGUUAGAAUUGUUUGCCAAGUUUCUGUACAGCAUUUUUAUGUUUACUAUUGUCCAUCUAACAAACAGAAAUUUAUUACAUGUAGCACUUAUAAACAAGAGUUUAUUAAUGUGGAAAUGUAGUAAUUUAUAUUAUUUUUAGCCAAUGUGAUGAUUUGUUUUGUGAAGUGACAUCCUUAUUCUGUUUCACUUCAUUCCCUUGCAUGCGUGUAAAAACGUAUGAUUGAUUGCUUUGUCUUGCUUUAAGUGCUGUAGUUUGUAAAGCACAUUUUCUGUAAGUAGGAAAUCCAGCCUUAAAUAAUUACACUUUACACUGGCAUUGCUUACUUUUACGUUCAUUUUCAUAAUUUUGUGACACAAACUUUUGUUUAUUAAGCUGGAUUACAAAAUGCUGUUUAUAUUGAAAAGCCAUAACUUAACAUAGGAUAGUUAAGUGUUAGCUGUCUGCAAAAACAAAUCAACAAAAAAUUAAUAAUUUGAUGCAUUAUGCUUAUAUCAGUGCAUUUGCUGCAUCAGGGGCAAUAUUCAAACACUGGCUGCAGCUGUUUACAUUAAAAAAAAUCUUCUCAGCCGAGGUAAAAUGUGGAAAAAACAUAUUUUGAGGAUUUUUGGAAAGUUAAACACUGGAAGCUUAAAAGAAAAGGAAAAACUAUGCUUGGAAAUAUAAAACAGAAAUGUAAAAUAAAUGCAAAUUCAAAGUCAAAAGGCUGUGUUUUAUAAAACUAUGACUUUUAACUCAGUCUGGAUGAUGGGACCACAUGCUGCUGGCACCACUGUCAGAAAACAAAGUACCGGUAUGUAGACCCGCUGAUGUGAAUAUGAAUAUUUGUUGUCAGUUAAAUUCAUUCAUUGUGAGAUUAUACUGUAGUGCACUAAAAGUGGAUUUACAGCAGCACACUGGUUUUGUAAUACACAGGACACUUGUUGGCAACAAGACAAUCACUAAAAUUAUUUGUUCUUCUAUUGUGAAACAGCUGUUUCUGCCAACCAAAUGCUUGGCAUAAACACUGAAGGUUGAGUUUGUUUUGAGGUCCGAGGUUAAACAUGCAGUGCAUCAACUGGUGAACAUACUUUAACCCUGUGCUGUAUGCGGCCUCCUUUUAAAUCCGUUGCACUGUACAAAAGCAGUUGGUUGCAUUGAAUCAGUUCAGCCGUUUUUCAGUGAAAUAGCUUAUUUUUUUUUAUACUUUUCUCUCCUUGUCUUUGGCAUGAAGUACAUUUUAAUCUUUUGUUUGUUUGCUUUUUCUAAAGUAGCUUCCCAACAUUAUUUUCACAUGUUUGUGAAAAUCAGCUGUUUUUCUGUUUUUUGUUUUACACAGUUCACUGUACUGAAUAAACUCUGUUGGAAUAAUUUG